AUGGCGGCGGCGCCGCCGCCGCACAGCUCGCCCCCGCGGCCAUGCGACCCUGGCCCGCCGCCGCAGUUCCUUGGCCGGCCAGCGCGGCUUGAGGCUGCGGGCGAGCCCGACGGCGCGGAGCCGCGCCGGCGGCCCGAGCCGCCCCAGGGGCCGCGCACCAGGGCCUCGGAGGGCGCGCCUGCGGGCGGCGUGCGGGCAACGCCAGCCGCCCUGCUCAGCCCGCAGCUGCCUGCGGUGAGCGAGCAGCCGGAGAGCGACAGCGACGACGGCACGCAGGAGGACGAUCGCCGCCUGUUCGUCGCCUGGGUUGUGCUGUUCGCCCUGGCGUUGUUGGCGCUCGGUGCGCUCUUGGCGGUCUACCUGGCCACGGCGCGCCCAUGCUGGAACGAUGGCCUGCGCAACGGCCGCGAGUACUGGGCCGUGUCAUGGCCGUACUUCGCACUGGCCGCGCCCACGUCCUUGGCCUUCGCGGCCUGGGGCGUCUCCGUGCGCCGCCGGUCCCGCCCCGUCCCGUUGCACGCGUGGACGCGGCGCUCUGGGGCGUGCACUUCUGUCGCCGCGGUCGCCUGGCUCGCUUUGCCUAUCCUGGACCCAGGGUGCCACGGCGCGGCGGGCGCGGCGUGGCGCGCAGUGUGCCUUGGGCUGGUCUAUGGGGCCCACCUCACGACCAUGUGCAUCCCGUGCCACGUCGUCGGGCUGAGGCUCCGCUCGUUGCGGCGCCUGCGGAUGGCGCGGUUGGCUCGGGCCAUACUCAUUUUCGGCAUUGCAGGCAGGCUUGCGUGCGGUGCGGCCUGGUUAACACUCUUUCCCCUCGGCUGGCCAGGCCCAGAUGGCGGGCUGGUGAUUGCUGCUCUGCAUCAUCUUCGUCUCGUUGGGAUGAUGAUUGCCGUUUUCAGCGUGACUGUGACUACGUGUUGCGGGACGGUGGGCCUUCUAAUCGCCAGCCGCGCGCGCCACUGGGCACGCAGGACUCGAGUGGGAAGUGAGCUGGGUUCGCCUCACUGCCGCUUUUAUCGCUGCGAAACUCCUGCUGACGUGUGUGGAAGGCUACUCCUGGACACUGACCAACGGCGGCGCCUCCGAUAA